UACGCAGUCUCUGGUCAUCUCCUGUACCGUGUCCGCAGUCCCUGAUCAUCUCCUGUACCGUGUUCACAGUCUCUGGUCAUCUCCUGUACCAUGUCUGCAGUCUCUGAUCAUCUCCUGUACCAUGUCUGCAGUCUCUGGUCAUCUCCUGUACCUUGUCCGCAGUCUCUGGUCAUCUCCUGUACCUUGCCCGCAGUCUCUGGUCAUCUCCUGUACCUUGCCCGCAGUCUCUGGUCAUCUCCUGUACCUUGCCCGCAGUCUCUGGUCAUCUCCUGUACCUUGCCCGCAGUCUCUGGUCAUCUCCUGUACCUUGCCCGCAGUCUCUGGUCAUCUCCUGUAGUAUGUCCGUAGUCUCUGGUCAUCUCCUGUAUAUGUCCGCAGUCUCUGGUCAUUUGCUGUAGUACAUCCGCAGUCUCUAGCCAUUUCUUGUACUAUGUCUGCAGUC